AGUGGAAGAAAAAUGAAAAACCUUUGCACUCACCAUGGAUUUGAACACAAUUAUUUUUCAACUGAACCAAACAUACACCACACGGUUGGAAGUUUCAGACUCUUGGAAAGUAGAAAAAAAAAGUCUUUGAACUGAAUCAUCAAUCCCUCCCUUAUGGCUGGAACGUCAUGGUUGGUGGACAAAAGCAGAAUUGCAACCAAAAUAAAAUGUGCAUCAGGAGCAUGUAAUCCUGGAAAGGUUAUAUGGAAAAGCAAUCCUACUAAGGCUUGCCCAAAUUGUCAACAUACUAUUGACAACAGUGAUGUAGCACAAGACUGGCCUGGCUUACCAAAAGGUGUCAAAUUUGAUCCAUCUGAUCCAGAGAUAAUCUGGCACUUGCUUGCAAAAGUUGGGGUGGGAGAUUCAAAACCUCAUCCCUUUAUUGAUGAAUUUAUUACUACUCUUGACGAGGAUGAUGGAAUUUGCUAUGCUCAUCCUCAAAAUUUGCCUGGUAUUAAGCAAGAUGGAAGUGCUUCCCACUUCUUCCAUAGAGCAAUCAAGGCUUACAACACUGGCACCCGAAAGCGCCGAAAGAUACUUGGCCAUGAUUUUGGUGAUGUCCGCUGGCACAAGACAGGAAGAACUAAACCAGUUGUCUUGAAUGGGGUUCAAAAAGGCUGUAAAAAGAUUAUGGUUCUGUAUCUGAGCAAUGUAAAAGGAGGUAGAGCUGAGAAAACUAAUUGGGUUAUGCAUCAAUAUCACCUAGGAACAGAAGAGGAUGAAAAGGAUGGGGAGUACAUUAUCUCAAAAGUGUUUUACCAGCAGCAGCAAGUCAAAUUGGGUGAUAAAGAUGACCAAGAUGUUCCUGAAGCCAUUGAAACCACUGAAUCAACAAUUGUGAAAGUAAGUCCAGUCACUCCCAAAUCUGUGACUCCUGAUCCUCCUUGUAAUGAAAGGUUGCGUGCAGAUCUAGACCUAGGACAAGAAACACUUAACAUUCCUCAGCCUCCCCAGAUGAAUUAUUUAGAUGAAAUUAAUGCUGAUUGCCCAGACCAUGCAACCGAAUCAUCCAUGUUUGAAAAUCAACAUAAUGAAGGGAUGGAUGAUAAAGAAAACAAUGCUGAAGAAGGCCAAAAAUGGUGGGACAGUGAGUCACAGAAUCUGUUGGAUUCACAACAACUGGUCGAGGCACUAUCGCUGUGUGAUGAUUUACUCCAUAGUCAGUCUCCCAGCAGAGAUGGGAAACAUGACGAACAUAAGAACCAACCUGGUCUUUCUGUUUAUGCUCAGCUUGGACCAGAACAUCUGAAGAAGGACAUUGAAGAGUGUCAAAAUCUUGCCCUUGAUCAUGCAAAUAUAGAGCAUGAUACACCUUCAGAGUUUCGACUUAGUCAGCUGGAAUUUGGUUCACAGGACAGCUUUAUUUCAUGGGGCUACAGCAAGGCAGAGAAGUAAUGGUUCUUCACCUCAGCUAGGGAAACUCACCUAUUUGUAACUACAUUUUCUUUUUGAGUUGCCUCUCAAAAUUAUGGGCUAAACCUUUUUUAUGAUUUUUUUGGUCGGUGGGGUUAACUUAUUUUCCACUCCUUUGCUUGACUAAUUGGACUGUGAUGGAAGGCAACGAACAUAAUUGCUUGAUGGACUGUGAUGGAAGGCAAAUGCUGUAAUUAUACCUUAUUUUGGCUUGUUGAAGUUAUUGUAUCAUCCUGGCUGAUUGAUCAUUGUAGGUUUUUUUUAAAAAUUAAUUACGUAAAUGAGACUGUUUUGAAAUUAUCUAUAUUUUUGGGGCUGUUUUGAAA